AUGCUGGCACCCUGCCUUCUGCGAAGAGUGGUCCUUACAGUUCCUUUAGUCGUUGUGGUUGCACUGCUGCUUGUGGAGCCUGUUAAAUGUGAUCAGGAAGCAGGAACAGCCAUACCAGCUGAAAGUCGUCCCUGUGUUGACUGCCAUGCAUUUGAGUUCAUGCAGAGGGCUCUGCAGGAUUUAAAGAAGACGGCGUAUAACCUAGACACACGGACAGAAACUCUGCUUCUUCAGGUGGAAAAG